AUGGACGUGCCCGACAAUGAUCGAUUUGAGGUAGAUGUUGUUGAGGAUCAAGAACAAAAUCUUAUCCCUAAACCAAAGAUUGUAGAAGAUGUUGAUACAUGUAAGGAAAAAGAAGGUAGGAAGGAUGUAUCAGAUCUUCCACACAUAACAGAAGUCCAUGAUGAAGCAAAUGUACAUCAACAAGAUAAUGAAGAUGUACCAGUUAGAGGCUCCAAAACAUUUCAUCAAGUAAUGUUGGAUGAACAUGAUGCUGAUAAAGUGAAGGAUAAUGUCAUAAAAUCUGAUAAAUCGGGUUCGAUAAAUUCGGAUUCAGUAUCAGCUGGUACUCAAGAAGCAGCAGAUACACUUUAUGGCAUUCAUGCUCCAAUGGAUGCUCAACCACUACAAGUUGUCACUCCCCAACAACUUACUGACACACAUGAUUUGAGAUCGGGUAACCUGUUACCCAUGGAUACAAACGUAAAUGAAAUAGUGGUCCAUGAAGUGUCAAAGACACCUAUUCAAAGAUUGAGACUGCCAUCAAAGAUCUUCCAAUCACCAUACGUGACUAUAUUUGGGUCUAGCGACAAAGGAAAAGAGAGAGUUGAUUCAGAGUUACACAUUCGUCCAAAUCACCCAUUUCAAGAUUAUGGUAUUAUUUUUCAACCUCCAUCUGCUUUACUUGAUCAGUACCAACAGUGGUUUUCAAAGGGCCUUCUUAAAACACAUGACAAGAAGAAACCAAAGGAGGACAAAUACAAAUGCAAUUCAGCUUCUUUUGGAUUUGAGCAGAUAGACUUCGUUGUUGCAUUUCCAAUUAAUAAAAUUUGGUUCUAUGCCAUGUCGCAGCCAAAGAAAUGUUGGACUAAUGAGGAACACAUGGCGCGUGGGUCUGUUGUAUCUGGAUUCGAGCGGUCAUUGAUGAACAUUAUUAAUGGUUUUGAGAUUCCUGCUGGUUUACCGUGGCACUCAUCUGAUGAUGUUUACAUUCUGGACAGUGGAAUUUUUGAUCAUUCCGAGCGAACUGAUUGGUCAUCUCUUGAUGCUUAUAAGGACAAGGAAACUGAAAGUCUAUUGGAACCAAAACACCCUUUUCUUGUUGAAUAUGUACAAGACAUUAUUCAACAAGGAAGCGACACACCGGAUUGUGGUUUGUUUAUUGCCGCCUUUGCUGAAUUCCUUAGCGAUGAAAUUCCAAUCCAAUCCAAUAAUUUCUGUUCUGAUUAUCUCCGGUCAAGAUACACAGCAUUGCUAUGGAAUUACGGCAGUGAAAAGGCUGAAGCUGGAUACGUUACUGAUAAUGACGAUCCAUCAAAGCCUAGGGGUCAUUUCACACCACCAAACCAUGAUGUGUUGGUUAACCUAGAGUAG